GUGUUAUCAGAUGCGUAUGAAGAGGAAAGAGGUAUGAGGAAAAGGCAUUCAGGCACAGAAGAUGAUACCAGCACUGAAGAGUUGAAUUCUGGAUCGGAUGAAGAGGACUCUGAAGAAGAGGAGGAAGAGAAGCCCAAAGAGAGAAAGAAAUUUUCGAAGAAGGGAAGGCAUGAUGACACGGAGGAAGAGUAUAAGAAGAAAGAGAAGAAGAAAAUGCAGAAGAAGAAACGAAAGGAGGAAAGCGAUGAAGAAGAAGAAGAAGAAGAGGAGGAGGAGGAAGUGACAGAAGAGACUGUACCAGCAGAACAGGAGGUUGAAUUGACGAGAGCCGGCCAGCCAUCAUCGAAAAAUGUACGACGACGUGCUAGAAAAGUUUAA